AUGUCGCAGUGUGUCCUGGGAACCGCGGCCCCUGGGCCCGUGGCACAAGUACGAUGGGCGGGUGGGCGGCAACGGCUGCGGCUGGUUGUCGUCGCCGGCUUGGGCUUCGGCAGCACGCCGCAGAAGACGAGCGGCAGCAGCAGCAGCAGCAAAAAGCAGCCCAGGCUUGCUCGCUACCUGGAGAAGGAGGCGGGCCAGCAGGGGGGCAGCGCGGGAGCAGCCCCCGAAGCCGACGGCUGGGUGGAGAUGCCCGGCGUCGACCCGGCGACCACCUUCCUCAGCAAGCCCAUCAAGCCCCUGAUCCUGGCCACAGGCCGCGCCGUGGAGGACACAAUCUAUGCCACCGACGCCAACAGCACCGCCUACAAGUACCCGCUGGCAGACGCCAACAUCCUGAGCGUCAAGGGCAAGCCGGCAGUGGAGGUCCCGCUGGAUGGAACCGUGUACGACCUGGCGAGCGGCAAGGUGCUGUCGUGGUGCCCGAAGAACACCCUGGCCAGGAAGGUGUUGGGCGGCUUGAAGGACAAGUCGGAGCCAGAGGAUCUGCCCGUGUAUCCUGUGGAUGUGCGCGGCGACAGGGUCUUUGUUAAGUUCAUCUGA